GUUGGGGUCGAGUUUAGCCGCCAACGAGAGCGAUACGAUGCCUUGUAGUAUCUACGUGCAGUAGUUCGGCAAUGCUGAAACAAAUUUGCUGCUUCAAUUCAUCACAUGCAACUGGCGGCAAGACAACAUGCAGCUCAAAAGUACUUUCCAUUGCCGCAAUUGCGCUUGUCCUAGAAUUUCAGUGUCGCUGAUGUUGCGUUUGAGUUGAGCAACUUCGCGUCAGCCGAAUUAAAGAAUAAACAAUAAAUAAAGAUGCCGUCACUCUCGGCACUACUCAAACCUCUUGCAAUCACCAUAACAGCCUCCGUUGGCCUCUAUCUCACGUUCCUUGGACUCCUCACAAUCCAAUCCCUCCAAGAUCAUGUAAUAUACCUACACCGAGUGACCUUGACCUGGUUCCAAGAUGUCAAUGUACCCGAACAAUGGGGCUUCCUCCGAAACCAAGUCACGCCCUUCCAUCUCCUAACACCUGACGGCGAGACUCUCCAUGCGUGGCACGUACUGCCGCUCGAAGCGUACCGAAGAAAUGAGAAUGCUCUGAGAAAAGAGCCUGCGGGUCUUUGUCACGAUAUCACAGAAAGACUGGCCUUCAAGCUACUUAAAGACGAUCCAAGUUCGCAGCUGGUCAUAUAUCUACACGGAGCAGCUGGGACCCUUGGGUCAGGCUGGCGGCCACAGAGUUACCGCGCUAUUUCUGCAGCCGCGGGAAAUGUUCACAUCAUCGCAAUUGACUAUCGCGGAUUCGGCUCGAGUACCGGGUGGCCCAGUGAGGCUGGGUUACUGACUGACGCCCUUACGCUUGCCGAGUUUGCUAUGAAAACAGCAGGCAUCCUUCCAGAACGCAUUGUGCUCUUUGGACAGUCGCUUGGUACCGCAGUCAGCAUAUCUCUUGCACACCAUCUAGCUCUACAGUCUCCUCCUGUUCUCUUCGCAGGGAUUGUGCUUGUGGCACCCUUUGCGAAUGUUGAGCUCCUAACCCAAACCUAUAGCGUCGCUGGCACAAUGCCGUUACUAGCGCCAGUAGGUAAGAUUCCAGGAGCACUAGCCUUCUUCAACAGGUUCAUCGUGAGCAAGUGGCCGUCAAAAGACAAACUUGCAGCGCUCAUUCGUCAUGUCGAGGCGCUCAAACUGCCCGAGCGGCCGACCAAGUACGACAUCACGCUCAUACACGCGGAAGACGACUAUGACAUUCCAUGGGUGCAUUCGGAAGUUGUGUUCUGGCACGCCGUCAACGCGACCCGUGAUACCGGCAGCAGUCUGACUUUCGAGGACCUGGAAAAGGUGAAGAACGAGACAAAGUUAGGCCUCGGUGCUGGAGGGUGGGAGGUAGAGUGGUCAUCUACAGGUGGAGUGGUACGAGAACAGAUUGUGAAGCAUGGCCUCCAUGAUCGGAUCAUGAGUUAUCCAGUCGUAAGUCUGGCGGUUGCGAGGGCAUUUCAUAGUCAGGACAGUUCAUAACCAACGGGUGAU